GAGCAGAGCUCGCAAAACAGUAAUAGGUACAUCCCUGAACAGAUAGUCCUCUCUCAAAGAGAAAGUAAUGUCAAUAUACCCAACCCUAUUAUAAGGCCUGCUGGUACUAGUUCCAAAUCGUUAGAGAAUAAUAUCCCUACAUCUAAUAUAUCUGAUAACACAUCUAGCGACGAACAAGAUUUAAUGCAAGAAAUAUCAACAUCUAUCAAGGAACAAGCACAAAGUAUCAUUUCUCCUGAAAUAAAUCAUACGAUUAAAAUUUCAGAGAACAAU